AUGUCCAGCAGUAGGCAGAGUUUGGAAUCUCUCGAGAUGUUCAGGAGUCCACUAGGUCAAUCUCUGGAUCGUAUUUCAGUCAGCAGCGCCGAGAAAAGAACGCGAUGGGCAUCCAAAUUGGAAGAGAUAGAAACAAAACUAGGUGAAACCGAACUUAUAAAUUCUGAUCUUAAUCAGAUGCGUGCAGAAUUAAACAGAAAAAUAAUUGAAUUGGAGAAAGCACAAAAACCAUUAAUUGAUGAGAAUCGAAAACUUCAAGGACGGAACAAAAACCUUCAGCAAGAAAUUAAAAAAUUAGAGCAGCAAUUGUCACAUGCGAAGGACGACUUCUACACAAUGAAAGAUGCUCAUGAACGCAUACGAAAAGAGAACUUUACACUGAAAGGUAAAAGAACGAACGCAGAGAAACUGGAACAGCUUGAUAGAUAUCGCCAACAGAUUUUGGAGUAUUCGAAGUGUAUUACAGCUCUGCGUACAUCUGGUUUGGCGAAAGAUAGAAGAUAUGAACUUUUGGUCAGUAAGUAUAAGCGAUUGCGAACUUGUUGUCGCUCAGGAGAUCAUGAAUCUGACAACCGAAGCACAAACGGGAGUGAAUGUUCUUUGGAUGAUAUCAUUAUAUCAAACACAAUUCAUGAAAACUUUGAACAGCAAUCUCAUCAACCUAUCCCUUGUGAAGGACAGUCUUUCAAAAUGUUAGGACGUGAAGAGGAGAAUGUUUAUAUUGCUCGUGUUAAACUUUUGGAGAGUCAAAUUGACGAACUACGUGAAGAGAUAGCUGCCUCCAGAGAUCACAAUGAGCUUCUCGAGUUCCAAGUUCUUGAAAUGGAAGAGACCACCAAUCCUACUUUGGCUCAGUUGAUUGAAAAAAUUAGAAGAAUGAAAAAAAAAAGUCGCCUAUCUUCUGAAGAGUUACUCAUACUGAAUCAAAUUGAGAAGUUUUUUGAUGGUGUUAUAAGGAGUUGCGGGUGCUCUGUAAAUAUUGAAAGCGAAAACGAAAAAGAUGAAAAGCUAUUAUCUUUGAAGAAUAGCUGUUUGGCACUCGAAAAAACGCUAGCAUCUUCGGAAGAGCAGAAGACAUGUUUGGAGAAGCUGACAGACGAGCUCAAAUUAGAAAAAACAGAACUCGAAAAGAAACUGACUGAGGAAAAAUUUAAAACUGACGAAACUCAGAAAAAAGCGGAAAAAUCGAACGAAGAAUUAUUGGGAUUAAAACAAAUUAUCGAUAAAAUAACGAAAGAAAACAAUGAACUCUGUGACAAAAACAAGAAACUCGAAAAAGACAUUGAGGAUUUGAAAGAGCAGAUUCGUCCUAUCAAGACAGAAUUGGAAAGACGUUAUGAAGAAACCAAAUAUAAACUUUCGAUAGCUCUCGAAAAAGUUCACGAAUACGAAAAUAUGGAGAGCGUGAAACCUGAAGUUACACAGAAUGUUCAGGAUUUGAGAGAGUUGGAGGAAUAUAACACUCACUUAGAGAACCAGGUGACUGCUCAAACGGAAAUAAUUGAUUUGCUGAAAGAUAAGCUGAAAGAGCAAAACUAUGUUAGUGAGCUAAUAGCACGCUUCAAAGAAGAAGGAAAAACUUUGUCUGAUUGUGUCCAUAUUUUCCAAGAGAUGGAGAAUAAAAAAAAUGGGAUCAUGCAAGCAUAA